UGAGCAGCCGGAAGCUGCGCUCCUGAAGCUCCGCUGAAUGCGACAGCUGCGCCGGGUGCUCCGGUUUCUCUUGGACCGCUUGGGGGGGAACCAGCACCGGGUUGUUUGGCGCUCUGGCGCAGGUGGAGGAUUUACUCAGAGGGAAACCAGAACUUGAUGGUUAAAGAGGAAAAAAGCUGUGAAGUCCACUUUGUCCUGCGUGGAGCGUCAGCCUGGAACUAGAUGAGAAUAAAGAAAUGAAUGAACAGAAGUGGGCCGUAGCAGUGUAACACAUUCAGCUGAAGGUGCAGAUGCGGCAGGCCAUGAGCGGAAUACUGAAGAGAAAAUUUGACGAGGUGGAAGCCUCCUCCUCCCCGUGCUCUUCUGUGCGGGAGUCUGAUGAUGAGGUCUCCUGCAGCGAGAGUGGGGAUAGCAGCGACAGCGUUAACCCCUCUGCCUCAGACCCUUUCACCCCCGACUCGAUCCUGAAGCGAGAGAAGCGUCUGCGUGCGAGGAGAGUGCAUUUUGAGAAUGUGACGGUGUACUACUUCUGCCGGCGGCAGGGCUUCACCAGCGUGCCCAGCCAGGGCGGCAGCACACUGGGCAUGUCCAACAGGCACAGCUGGGUCAGGCAGUACUCCCUAGGGGAGUUUGCCCAGGAGCAGGAGAGGAUCCACAGAGAUAUGCUCAGAGAUCACUUGAAGGAGGAGAAACUCAACUCUGUCAAACUCAAGCUGACCAAGAACGGCACCGUGGAGUCUGAGGAGGCCGACGCGCUCACAGCAGAGGACAUCUCUGAUGAUGACAUCGAUCCGGACAACACAGAGGUUGAUGAGUACUUCUUCUUGCAGCCUCUUACCACUAAAAAGCGCAGAGUGCUGCUGCGCUCCUCGGGGGUGAAGAAGAUCGACGUGGAGGAGAAGCACGAGCUUCAAACCAUUCGCAUGUCCAGGGAGGACUGUGGCUGCGACUGCAGGGUUUUCUGUGACCCAGAGACCUGUGCUUGCAGUAUCGCAGGGAUAAAGUGUCAGGUGGAUCGAAUGUCAUUUCCGUGUGGCUGCACUAAAGAAGGUUGCAGCAAUUCAGCUGGAAGAGUGGAGUUUAAUCCCAUCCGUGUCCGGACCCACUUCCUACACACCAUCAUGAAGCUGGAGCUGGAGAAGAGCCGUGAGCAGCAGCAGACAUCCUCAACCAACGGUUACUGUGGCAACGCUAACGACUCGGGAAGCGGAAACCCUUUUGCAGAGGCGCAGCACCGGUUAGAGUACUCGCUGACCGACUCCGUCCCUCAGACGACCAGUAUGCACCUGCCCGCUGCAGAUGAGCUGGAGGAACCGCUAGAUGAUGAUGAAGAUGAUGAUGAGGAAGAAGAUGAAGAGGAGGAGGAGGAGAAUGAAGAAGAGGAGGAGGACAGCAGCAGCAUUUGCAGUGGGCUGUCUGACUCCAGCACACAGAGCUUGGCUAACAGUGACUCUGAGGAUGAGGAGGGUGACGAUGACGAUGCAGAGAAAUGUGUGAAUUUUGAGGAAGACUUAACGACGCCAGCAGUUUCUCACACCGAAGUGGUGCCAUUGUCCUCUGUGAUGUGUUACAGUGAUGGCUCUGUGGGACACGAUCACAUCAAUGGAAACCCUUACUUGAUGAACUCUUCCUCGGCUGAGUACUAUCAGCUGGGGAACUCCAGUACAGACUUGAACAGUCAAACCAGUCAACCCAGUGAAUCCUACAGGGAAGCCUUAGCAUUCCAAGAUCCAGUCAGUACAACCAACGGUAAUGUGGUGCAAGGACCAUUCAGCCUGUCUGCCGAGCAGUACACAGGCUACUCUAAUCAGACAGAGGACCAGUACUCGGCCAGUCCCCAUUUUACUCUGAAUGGUGGCCCUACUGCUGCCCCGUUGACCAGCUACACACCUGACCAGAACAACAAGGUGCUGUCCAAGGCGGUGUUUGCGGAGCAGACGGAGAACCAGAACGAGACACAGUUUCAGAACUACCUUAAUAACAGUCAAAGUUCCUACAGCAGUCACAGUGCACGUAUGACAGCUGAGCAGCCUCCAAAGGAGUCAAGUGCUAAUGGACAUUCUGACCUAACCUUACUAGCAAACAAUACAAAGAACCUUCCUUUACCAGACCAUUGCCCUGAGGUCACAGCUAUCUGAAGGGCGCACCUUAUAAUAAAGUGUUCAUUCAUGAUUAUGUCUUCACUUGAGUCUGGCCAAGUUGUGUUUCUAGAAAACAAAAUCGUUGCUUUUUUCCCCACUUUCACAAUAACGUAGGCCUGUCACGAUAACAAAUUUUG